ACCAUAUCUUCGAGAUGACAUUAAAGCAAAGAAGAUCACCAUGUCUACAGUGAAGGACGAUGUAAGUACUGUAGCUAAUCCCUUUCCUCUCCUCCUUGACAAGAACUCUCUCAAAGCAAGCCUGGCAGUUUGCUCACUCAAUUAUAUAGUGAGGCUUGAAUUAUAAUAGGUACCGUGUGGCUCAGUUGGUAGAGCAUGGCGCUUGCAAUGCCAGGGUUGUUGGUUUGAUUCUCAACGGGGACCAUUAUGGAUUUUUUUCCCACGGAAAUGUAUGCUCUCACUACUGGAUAAGAGUGUCUGCUAAAUGACAAAUAUAAAAUGAUAAUUAACUGACACGUUGAGGUCUGUGUACUGUUCAUGCAAAGCAGGAAAGAGUUACUAACUAUAUCAACUGAUGUUUUGUAAUUACAGCUGGCCCAGGGAAAAGAGAACCAGGGUCCAAAUGCCCUCAAGAUGAAAAAGGAAGCCGUGAAGGUUCAACCUCUUUCCCAAACCACUGGCACCCUCUGCAGUACCACCAAAAAACAGAGCUCCACCAACGGUAACACUCUGCGUCUCCUCUCUGCAGCAUCGGUUACUGCACGUCUCAACGUGCUCAAAGGCAUGACAAAGACUUCUGCGGUUGCCCCAUGUCACUCAGCCAGCCUGAAGACUGCUCCAGCCAGAUCACAAUCCACUGUCCCUACCAAAAGAUGCCCAGGCACCACCAACCAUCUCAGAACCCAGCCUAAUCCAGCUGUUAAAAUCUGCAACACACGCCCUAGCUCAGCCAAACCCCUGGCAAACGCUGGUAGAACACGUUCAGUCAGCACAACCAGACCAAAGCCAAAUACUACUGGGAAACCCGCUAACACACUCUGCACAGCUAGCACACGGCCCAUUACAGCUAGCACACGGCCCAUUACAGCUAGCACACGGCCCAUUACAGCUAGCACACGGCCCAUUACAGCUAGCACACGGCCCAUUACAGCUAGCACACGGCCCAUUACAGCUAGCACACGGCCCAUUACAGCUAGCACACGGCCCAUUACAGCUAGCACACGGCCCAACACAGCUAGCACACGGCCCAACACAGCUAGCACACGGCCCAACACAGCUGGCAGUGCCAGAAUGAGUCUGAGCAGAAUGGUUAAAUCCAAGACCGGCCUUGUGUCUGUCCAGGUGCAGCCUAGAAGCACCACGGUCCCUGCUCCAGCUUCAGCCCCCUUCACCCCCUCUGUCCUGAACAGAGCAUGCCCAAGCACCAUCCCAGUCCCAGCUCUGACCCAAAAGCCACCAGAUACUACUCAGAGGAGAACGACUGAUUCCAGACCACUCCCAGGGAGAUCCAGUAAACCAGCAGGGCAGAGACAACCUGUCACUGGACCUAAACCCACCAUCCAAGGCCCCUGCUGGUCCUGGUCCCAAGACUGCAGCUACGAAGCCAGGCGAUAGGAGGACAACCGAAACCUCUGGCAGAGUUUCCAUCCAAGAGGUUGAGCGUAUUCAGAGGGCUCCAUCACAGCACAGGGCCGAGGCUAGAGGAGCAGGACCCAACACUCAGAUAUGGAAGCCUGCCUCUCGAGCCUCCACCGGGAUAACAGGAAACCAAUGGCAGGCCAAGGCUCUGCGUAGGGCCAUGCAUGCAGCUGUGGCUGAGAUGGGACAGAAAAGCAGCGGCGAGGAAAACCGAGGCAGGGUGGAGAGCAGGAGGGCAGACACUGACACCAAGAAUGAACCCAAUGCUCCAUCGCCCUCAUCAGCAUCACCAGCGUGUUGGCCUAGGCCUAACAGGAGCACAGUGAAUGGUGUGUGGAUCCCCCAGAUGGUGCCUCGCUCUGCCAGAGUGUCCAGCCAUGGCCAGGAGGAGGUGGGGUGGGAGGCUGGUGUUGGCCUGAAGACACCCAGAGACCAGGCCAGGGUCGUGCCCAAGACAGAGGGCCGCAGGAAGAUGACAGCUGCCCAGGAGGAGAGGAUGUCAGUUUGUUUUUUAUUGUAAAUUAGAUCAUUACUAGGAAGUAGAAUACAGUACAUUGACAUGUUUGUGAUUUAGCAGACAAUCUUAUACAGAACAACUUGAAAUCUUAACAUGUUCACCUCUAGACUGGUUGAAUAAGGCCUUGGCUUACACAGUGCACAUAAAUACUUUGAAUUUUGUUUGUUGAAAUAACAAAAUAAGAUCAAGAUAACGUUGUCAUUUCACUCCAGUAAAAGGUAUGUAUGUGUGUUGGUAUCGUAGCGUAUGAAUGUGCUGGCCCUUUUCCAUUAUACCACCAUAUUCUUUCCACCCAGCACCUCGUCAUUCAAUAUAGUGUGGUUGAAUUGGACUACAAACAUCUGACUUUACCCCAAAAUGUUACUGAACAACCUUCUAUUCGACUCUGUGUGUGUGACUCCAGGCAGAAGCUCCAGGAAUGGCGUGAGAACAGGGGCAUCUCCUACAAGCGUCCCCCCAUGCCGGUGAGGCCUCCUCGGGUGCGGCGCACCGUGGCCCUCCCUCAGGCCUACUGGGACGGUAUGGAGGAGGAAGUUGAGGCCAAGUCUCUGGUUGGAGUUGUGGACAGGUGCCUGGCUGACUGCAUCAAACUGCUGAUUGAGGUGUGGCGGAGGAAUGGUUUCGGUCAGAUUACACGCUUUGACAUGAAUUUAAAAUGUAUGACAAAUCAACUGGGAGGUUGGUUGUUAUCUUUAUGAACCCUGUACAACGUUUGUUGGAUUUGUCAUAGAAGCAAACCAGUGUGUUUCCCACUGUUUUUCCAGUUACUGUUCUGCCUGUCUAAACUCUAGUCUAGACCAUGUUCUGUGUAGCUCAGCUGGUAGAACAUGACGCUUGCAACGGUUGUGUUUUCCAUUUCCACAGGGGACCAGUGCGAUCAUAUACAGUGGGGGAAAAAAGAAUUUAGUCAGCCACCAAUUGUGCAAGUUCUCCCACUUAAAAAGAUGAGAGGCCUGUAAUUUUCAUCAUAGGUACACGUCAACUAUGACAGACAAAAUUAGAUUUUUUUUCUCCAGAAAAUCACAUUGUAGGAUUUUUUAUGAAUUUAUUUGCAAAUUAUGGUGGAAAAUAAGUAUUUGGUCAAUAACAAAAGUUUCUCAAUACUUUGUUAUAUACCCUUUGUUGGCAAUGACACAGGUCAAAUGUUUUCUGUAAGUCUUCACAAGGUUUUCACACACUGUUGCUGGUAUUUUGGCCCAUUCCUCCAUGCAGAUCUCCUCUAGAGCAGUGAUGUUUUGGGGCUGUCGCUGGGCAACACAGACUUUCAACUCCCUCCAAAGAUUUUCUAUGGGGUUGAGAUCUGGGGACACUCCAGGACCUUGAAAUGCUUCUUACGAAGCCACUCCUUCGUUGCCCGGGCGGUGUGUUUGAGAUCAUUGUCAUGCUGAAAGACCCAGCCACGUUUCAUCUUUAAUGCCCUUGCUGAUGGAAGGAGGUUUUCACUCAAAAUCUCACGAUACAUGGCCCCAUUCAUUCUUUCCUUUACACGGAUCAGUUGUCCUGGUCCCUUUGCAGAAAAACAGCCCCAAUGCAUGAUGUUUCCACCCCCAUGCUUCACAGUAGGUAUGGUGUUCUUUGGAUGCAACUCAGCAUUCUUUGUCCUCCAAACACGACGAGUUGAGUUUUUACCAAAAAGUUAUAUUUUGGUUUCAUCUGACCAUAUGACAUUCUCCCAAUCCUCUUCUGGAUCAUCCAAAUGCACUCUAGCAAACUUCAGACGGGCCUGGACAUGUACUGGCUUCAGCAGAGGGACACGUCUGGCACUGCAGGAUUUGAGUCCCUGUCGGCGUAGUGUGUUACUGAUGGUAGGCUUUGUUACUUUGGUCCCAGCUCUCUGCAGGUCAUUCACUAGGUCCCCCCGUGUGGUUCUGGGAGUUUUGCUCACCGUUCUUGUGAUCAUUUUGACCCCACGGGGUGAGAUCUUGCGUGGAGCCCCAGAUCGAGGGAGAUUAUCAGUGGUCUUGUAUGUCUUCCAUUUCCUAAUAAUUGCUCCCACAGUUGAUUUCUUCAAACCAAGCUGCUUACCUAUUGCAGAUUCAGUCUUCCCAGCCUGGUGCAGGUCUACAAUUUUGUUUCUGGUGUCCUUUGACAGCUCUUUGGUCUUGGCCAUAGUGGAGUUUGGAGUGUGACUGUUUGAGGUUGUGGACAGGUGUCUUUUAUACUGAUAACAAGUUCAAACAGGUGCCAUUAAUACAGGUAACGAGUGGAGGACAGAGGAGCCUCUUAAAGAAGAAGUUACAGGUCUGUGAGAGCCAGAAAUCUUGCUUGUUUGUAGGUGACCAAAUACUUAUUUUCCACCAUAAUUUGCAAAUAAAUUCAUUAAAAAUCCUACAAUGUGAUUUUCUGGAUUUUUUUUCUCUAUUUGUCUGUCAUAGUUGACGUGUACCUAUGAUGGAAAUUACAGGCCUCUCUCAUCUUUUUAAGUGGGAGAACUUGCACAAUUGGUGGCUGACUAAAUACUUUUUUUCCCCCACUGUAUGCACACACUACUGUAAGUCGCUCUGUAUAAGUACAUCCGCUAAAUGACUAACAUGGAUCCAUUCUGUGACAUUCCUCUGAGACCGAUGGGGUGGUGCGUUUCAGUGGAAGAGGCCAGCACAACAGCUGAAUGACUAACAUGAAUCCAUUCUGUGACAUUCCUCUGAGACCGAUGGGGUGGUGCGUUUCAGUGGAAGAGGCCAGCACAACAGCUGAAUGACUAACAUGAAUCCAUUCUGUGACAUUCCUCUGAGACCGAUGGGGUGGUGCGUUUUCAGUGGAAGAGGCCAGCACAACAGCUGAAUGACUAACAUGAAUCCAUUCUGUGACAUUCCUCUGAGACCGAUGGGGUGGUGCGUUUCAGUGGAAGAGGCCAGCACAACAGCUGAAUGACUAACAUGAAUCCAUUCUGUGACAUUCCUCUGAGACCGAUGGGGUGGUGCGUUUCAGUGGAAGAGGCCAGCACAACAGCUGAAUGACUAACAUGAAUCCAUUCUGUGACAUUCCUCUGAGACCGAUGGGGUGGUGCGUUUCAGUGGAAGAGGCCAGCACAACAGCUGAAUGACUAACAUGAAUCCAUUCUGUGACAUUCCUCUGAGACCGAUGGGGUGGUGCGUUUCAGUGGAAGAGGCCAGCACAGCAGCUGAAUGAAGACCUAGCCCUUGCACAAUCCGUUUUGGGGUUGCUUUGUGUGUCGUGUUUUUUUUCUUCUUCUGAAGACACAAAUAUUAAUCUAACACACGGUCAGGUCAGAUGAUUGAUGUAGUUUAUAUUAUUUGGGGAAUAAUGUCCUAAUAAAACGUACGGGGCUUUGGUCAAAAGUAGUGCACUAUGUAGGGCAGUGGUUCUCUAACCUCUCCCUGGGGACCCACAUAUGUUUCACAAUUUUGCCGUAGACAAAUGUCUCACUUUGGUGAUUCAGUGAAUCAGGUGUGUUGAGUGAAGGCUUAAGAACCACUGAUUGUAGAGUAUCGGGUGUCCUUUGGGGUGCAGUUGCACUGCGAGAGCAAGACGUUUGGAGGAACACGUAUAUUGUUCCGUAGGUGGUAUUCAUUAGUGGUGCAACUCUUACAGUGUGUGUGUAAGACGUGUACAGUCGUGGUCAAAAGUUUAGAGAAUGACACAAGUAUUAGUAUUCACAAAGUUAACUGCUUCAGUGUUAUGAGAUAUUUUUGUCAGAUGUUAAUAUGGUAUGCUGAAGUAUAAUUACAAGCAUUCCAUACGUGUCAAAGGCUUUUAUUGACAAUUAUAUUAAGUUUAUGCAAAGAGUCAAUAUUUGCAGUGUUGACCCUUCUUUUUCAAGACCUCUGCAAUCCGCCCUGGCAUGCUGUCAAUUCACUUCUGGGCCACAUCCUGACUGAUUGCAGCCCAUUCUUGCAUAGUCGAUGCUUGGAGUUUGUCAGAAUCUGUGGGUUUUUGUUUGUCCACCCGCCUCUUGAGGAUUGACCACAAGUUCUCAGUGGGAUUAAGGUCUGGGGAGUUUCCUGGCCAUGGACCCAAAAUGUCGAUGUUUUGUUCCCUGAGCCACUUAGUUAUCACUUUUGCCUUAUGGCAAGGUGCUCCAUCAUGCUGGAACAGGCAUUGGUCAUCACCAAACUGUUCUUGGAUGGUUGGGAGAAGUUGCUCUCAGAGGAUGUGUUGGUACCAUUCUAUAUUCCUGGCUGUGUUCUUAGGCAAAAUUGUGAGUGAGCCCACUCCCUUGGCUGAGAAGCAACCCCACACAUGAAUGGUCUCAGGAUGCUUUACUGUUGGCAUGACACAGGACUGAUGGUAGCGCUCACCUUGUCUUCUCCGGACAAGGUGUUUUCCUGAUGCCCCAAACAAUCAAAGGGGAUUCAUCAGAGAAAAUGACUUUACCCCAGUCCUCAGCAGUCCAAUCCCUGUACCUUUUGAAGAAUGUCAGUUUGCCCCUGAUGUUUUUCCUGGAGAGAAGUGGCUUUUUUGCUGCCCUUCUUGACACCAGGCCAUCCUCCAAAAGUCUUCGCCUCACUGUGCGUGCAGAUGCACUCACACCUGCCUGCUGCCAUUCCUGAGCAAGCUCUGCACUGGUGGUGCCCCGAUCCCACAGCUGAAUCAACUUUAGGAGACGGUCCUGGCGCUUGCUGAACUUUCUUGGGCGCCCUGAUGCCGCCUUCACAACAAUUGAACCUCUCUCCUUGAAGUUCUUGAUGAUCCGAUAAAUGGUUGAUUUAGGUGCAAUCUUACUAGCAGCAAUAUCCUUGCCUGUGAAGCCCUUUUUGUGCAAAGCAAUGAUGACGGCACAUGUUUCAUUGCAGGUAACCAUGGUUAACAGAGGAAGAACAAUGAUUUCAAGCACCACCCUCCUUUUUAAAGCUGCCAGUCUGUUAUUCUAACUCAAUCAGCAUGACAGAGUGAUCUCCAGCCUUGUCCUCGUCAACACUCUCACCUGUGUUAAUGAGAGAAUCACUGACAUGAUGGCAGCUGGUCCUUUUGUGGCAGGGCUGUUUUUGGGGGAUUAAGUUCAUUUUCAUAGCAAAGAGGGACUUUGCAAUUAAUUGCAAUUCAUCUGAUCACUCUUCAUGACAUUCUGGAGUAUAUGCAAAUUGCCGUCAUCAAAACUGAGGCAGCAAACUUUGUGAAAAUUAGUAUUUGUGUCAUUCUCAAAACUUUUGACCACGACUGUACGUGCAUAACCUGUGGCUACUAUUGUCACCGGAUGAGGAAGGUCCCUUUGUUUUUUGUGUGUGAGGUGAGCUGUGGGAUUAAUUUCCCGUAGCAAGAAAAUAAUCCAUACGGCUACAUAUCGGGAUACGUAAUAUUUUUGCCCUAGUUUGCUAUUCCUGCACCAAAACUUUCUUCAUAGCAUGUUCUCCAUCUUUUUAAAUAGGGAGCCCAUUAAUUUCCAUUACUUAUUUCCAUUACUUAUCAAAAGUUGUUUUCUCAUGGCUCUCUUGUCACUCUGCAGCAGACAUAUGGUGAGCAAUAUGUUUGGAACAUCGAAUCGCAAUAAAAUCACAGUAUCGAAUGCAAUACAUAUCGUAUCGGCACCUACGUAUCGUGAUAAUAUCGUAUCGUGAGGUCCCUGGCAAUUCCCAGCCCUAGCAAGAAUAUAACUUCCCAAAGUUCACAUGGAAGCAAGAAAAAGUAUAAUUUCACGUAGCAAUUUUGAAGAGAGAAAGUUGUUUACGGUAAUACGAUGGGAAAGUGACUGCCCAUUUUGUGCAAUAAUUAUUUUCUGUUUUUUUUGGGGGGGGGGGUUUGUUGCUGCUUGAAGACCAUUCAAAAAAAAGUUUAAGCAGAUGUGGUCCCACUUCCCAUGGUAUUGUAGACUGACCAUGGUUGUCACCCCUCUGUUGUCCAGUCUUUUAAACAGACGGAUUUGUAUGUUUUUUUUAAAAUUAUUAUGCUAACUAGAUUUCCACGGGGGUGCAGACAUCGACUCGGGGUUAACAUGACCACGGUUGUCACCCCUCUGCUCUCUGUUGUCCAGUCUAUUAACAUGACCUGUGGUCGCCCGUUUAAAAGUCACGAUAAUAAUCUCCUCUCUCCUGAAGUGUGCAGUUAUCACCAUAUUUGUGAUACCUGUCAUUUCCUUUCAAAUCAGUGAAGCUGAAGUGAACACAUGCACACUUUGGGAGGAAGCAGAGAUAAUUUGGACGUAGGCGAGAUGUUCAACAUCACUUAUUUUGGGAGUUUGAUCCGUUCCUACACACAUGGUAAACCUCGAGACCAAACAGACGAGUUGGUUGACCCUCAUCUUUCCAGCGUGGCCUGCCUGGCUGGCGGCCCCCUUUACUGUUACCAAAUCCAACACUGCCAAUUAACAUAAUAUUUGUGUAAUUUGUUAACAGUCUUAAAGAUUUAGUAAAGAGACUUAAAUGUCUCUCUUCUGUGUGUCUGACUGUUUCUGACUCUGUUUCUGACUGUUUCUGUGGCUCUGAGUGUUUCUGGCUCUGUUUCUGACUGUUUCUGUGGCUCUGAGUGUUUCUGGCUCUGUUUCUGACUGUUUCUGUGGCUCUGAGUGUUUCUGGCUCUGUUUCUGACUGUUUCUGUGGCUCUGAGUGUUUCUGGCUCUGUUUCUGACUGUUUCUGUGGCUCUGAGUGUUUCUGGCUCUGUUUCUGACUGUUUCUGUGGCUCUGAGUGUUUCUGGCUCUGUUUCUGACUGUUCUGGGCUCUGAGUGUUUCUGACUCUGUUCUGACUGUUUCUGGGCUCUGAGUGUUUCUGCUCUGUUUCUGACUGUUUCUGUGGCUCUGAGUGUUUCUGGCUCUGUUUCUGACUGUUUCUGUGGCUCUGAGUGUUUCUGGCUCUGUUUCUGACUGUUUCUGUGGCUCUGAGUGUUUCUGACUCUGUUUCUGACUGUUUCUGUGGCUCUGAGUGUUUCUGGCUCUGUUUCUGACUGUUUCUGUGGCUCUGAGUGUUUCUGGCUCUGUUUCUGACUGUUUCUGUGGCUCUGAGUGUUUCUGGCUCUGUUUCUGACUGUUGCUGUGGCUCUGAGUACGUUGCUUUGUCUCUGACUGACUCUGUUUCUGACUGUUUCUGUGGCUCUGAGUACGUUGCUGUGUCUCUGACUCACUGUGUUUCUGACUGUGUCUAUCUGUGUGUUUUCUCUGUGCCUCCCCACAGGGCUGCCCGUCCUCCCAGGUGCAGGAGAUGCUGUCCACUGUGCCCAUGGCUGAGAAGUUCUCCAAGUACUGGAUCUGCCAGGCCCGUCUGAUGGAGCGCCAGGGCAACCUGGAUGUGCUGCCCCUGUUUGAAGAGGCAGUACGCGUGGUGUUAGAGGUAUAACAUACUCCUUUUACCUUCUCUCUCUACCUCCAUCCCUACGACUCUGUCUCUCUCUACCUCCAUCCCUACGACUCUGUCUCUCUCUACCUCCAUCCCUACGACUCUGUCUCUCUCUACCUCCAUCCCUACAACUCUCUCUUUCUCUACCUCCAUCCCUACGACUCUCUCUUUCUCUACCUCCAUCCCUACGACUCUCUCUUUCUCUACCUCCAUCCCUACGACUCUGUCUCUCUCUACCUCCAUCCCUACGACUCUCUCUCUCUCUACCUCCAUCCCUACGACUCUCUCUCUCUACCUCCAUCCCUACGACUCGGUCUCUUUCACUCACUCAUAUAUUAGACCUCUGAAGAAUUCUCUAAACAAAAUUAGAGUUCCCUCCCUUGGUAUCUAUUUCAUUUAAACUAGUAAUAUGAUGGUUUGGUAUCUAUUUCCUCUCUCCAUUCUCUCAUUUAGCCAGUGGAUGAGCUGCGGACUGUUGUGUUUGAGAUGCUGAAAAAGAAGGAAGAGAGACAAGGUAAUGAGGAAACUAUAAAGACAGCAACAUCCUGUCUCCUUGCCUCUUCCUCAAAAGGUAUUGGAGAAGAAGGUCAGAGGGGAGGGACCUUGGACCUUCUCCUCCAAUACGGUUGAAAAGGAAGUGAGGUAAGACCAAUUGAGAUAGAAAUUUGAACCAGUCUGAGUUUGAUUCCCCAUCUGAACUUCAUGCCUCUACAAGGUCCAUCUCACUAAUGUGGCAGUUUUUACACUUGUUUAGGAUACUUUGUUGUUCCUGCCAAAACCAGCACCUAGAUCUAGGUAGACACACUGCUGUGUCCAUGGUUUUCUCUUUCUGCUGUCCGUACCAGGGUCACGCAUGUUGAAAAUGUUCAAAUCAGUUUGUAUUUGCUAUUAUUGGAAAGAUUGAGUAAAGAUUAUUUCCACUGUAGAGAUUGUGGAAAGAAUCCAACCCAGAGGCUCAAAUCCCAAAAUAAUGUAUUAUGGUUAUUGCCAUGCUGCUUCCAUUUGUUGCGUCAGUUCCAAUAUUUUCAUCAUAUUUGAAUCAUAUUGUCGUCAUGGCUUUUGACUGCUAAGUAAUUUGCCAGACGUGCAGUGAGUAGUUGGGUUUCAUAUUACUGAACAUCUGCUGAAAGCCCUCUGACAUUGGAUUUCACAACAAAGCAGAUGAAGGUUUCUGACUCAUAUUACCAGUUACUAGUGAUUAAUAUAAUGUAAUACGCAUUGAGAGUGGAUAUGCAUGGAUGUGGAGACAGGUUUUGGAGACAGGUAUUUUUUUUUUAGGGUGUAGAUCAGCUUUAAUAUUGCAGAUAGGUUGUAACUUCCAUCAAUGUAAUUGUCUGUAUCACUUCCAAUCCCCCAUUUUUUUAUUUUUUUUUCCUCGUAUGGGCUUCCAAGUGGCGCAGCGGUCUGAGGCACUGCAUCUCAGUGCUUGAGGCGUCACUACAGACCUCCUGGUUCGAUUCCAGGCUGUAUCACAACCGGCCGUGAUUGGGAGUCCCAUAGGGCAGCGCACAAUUGGCCCAGCGUCGUCCGGGUUUGGCCGGUAUAGGCCGUCAUUGUAACUAAGAAUUUGUUCUUAACUGACUUGCCUAGUUAAAUAAAGGUUAAAUAAAAUAAAGAUAUACAUACAUUCAUAUACACAUGCAUAAUCACAUCCUUUAAAAAAAUAUAUUUCCCUUUAUUACUUUCCAACCCCUUCCCUAAUUGGAGUAAACUAGUGAACAACAAUGCUUAGGCCUCUACUUCCAGCUUAUACAUACUAUAUACAUUUUAUGGACACAGUCAAUUUGACAAUUCUAUUUUGUUUGUUUUUACUCCUGAACUUCCUCAACCUCUCAUUUUCAUGAUGUCCAUCCGGUUUGCUUCUUUAUGCCAUAUCUUUCUAACUGUGCUCUUUCACAAAAGCUCUCAACCUAUAAUCUAUAUACUUAUUAUGGACACAGUAUGAUUACAUUAUUAGUUAUCUUGUUGUUGUUGGUAGUUGUUAUUAGUCCCAUCCUUCAGCUCCAUUCAACACCACCCAUCUAUCUCUUAACACCAUCCUUAUUGGAUUUUUAUUUGCCAUAUAUUUUUUGUCUGGUCGUCACUAGUAACCACAGCAACAAAGUCAUAAACUCCACCUAUUUCUAUAAUGUAUCUUCUUAAAAUCUGAUGUUAAACCUAACCUUAACCACACUGCUAACCUUAUACCUAACCUUACAUUUGAGUUCUCCCAAAUUGUUACGAUAUAGCCAAUCUACAAGUUUGUGGCUGUGGUAACUAGUGGAAGGGCCGCACACUAUUUUUAUGCUCCUAAUUCACAGUUUGUCAAUAAAGCGGUUUGUCAUAAACAGGAUGUGGGCUUUCAUGCCUCCCACAGUGUCCCAAUGUUCCAGCGUACAGGUAUGUACCUGCAUCAGUUGGGACAGGUUCUGACUAGAAAGACAAAGGGGGGUACAAAGUCAGUUGCACAACUGUCGUAUCGGGUGAAUGGUGGCCAUUAUCGCUGUCAACAAAGAGUCUGUUCAAGCUGCAUCGUGUUAGAGGCUUUUAUUAAAAUCACGAGGUUACAGCAUAAGUACAGACCCGCGGUGUCCGGAGAACGGCUCCUCAGAUUGCCAUGGCCGUUCUGCCCUUUCUGUAGUCUAGCCCCUAUUUAUAAACAAUGAUCUGUCUGUUGUACGUGACGUUACACUAAAACAUAUACUAACAUAAAGAACAUUCCAUUUCUUCAUGAAAAACAUUUAACAAAGACAUAAUCUUCAUAUACGAUACAACUGAAUGCAUUCCACCAAAACGCGUCUUCCGCAUUCAUCCCAAUUGGGAGAGCAAACCUGGUGGCCAACUACAAGAAACGUCUGACCUCUGAUUGCCAACAAGGGUUUUUCCACCAAGUACUAAGUCAUGUUUUGCAGAGGGGUCAAAUACUUAUUUCCCUCAUUUAAAAUGCAAAUCAAUUUAUAACAUUUUUGACAUGCGUUUUUCUGGAUUUUUUUGUUGUUAUUCUGACUCUCACUGUUCAAAUAAACCUACCAUUAAAAUGUAUAGACUGAUCAUUUCUUUGUCAGUGGGCAAACGUACAAAAUAAGCAGGGGAUCAAAUACUUUUUUCCCUCACUGUAGUAGUAGUAGUAGUGUCAUGAAUGGAUUUACUACACCAGAACAUUCUGAUAUCCUGAAGAGAUGGGUGGAUAUAUUUGAAUUGGGACCAGUAAACGGCGAUGCACUUCAAUGGAUGCCAUUUAGCAGUAUGUGCACACUUCUCAGCAGUUGACUAUAACAACAUUGUUAUUAUUCCUACUACUUCCAGGUCAGUCUCCCAUAGCAUCGGCGCAGGAGCCUGUGAGUGAGGAGGAUGAUGUUUUGGAGCUCGACUCUACACCAGACCCCAUGGCCACACCCACAGCUGUCAAAGCCCUGAUCCGUGGUGACCGAGGAGGCUCGUCUGUGGUCAAGUACAAGAUCACCGCCACACCAGGGUACUCUAUGACCUCUGACCUGACUGCCUAUGGCCUCUUCCUCCUGUUUGACCUUUCUAUGAUCCGGUGACCGUCAGCCAUUUUUUAAAGCUACAACCUGAUAUUUGAAAAACAACAAAAAGGCAGCCCCGCUACUUGUUUAGAAAUACAGUCAUUUUAAGUUAAGCAGAGACUUGCAUCUGUAUCUCCAGUCUGUCAGGUCCCUGCCUGGCGUUAACCCCUUACACUAAGUAGAAAUUGACCUACAUUGCCUUCGGAAAUUAUUCAGACCUCUUGACUUUUUCCACAUUUCGUUACAUUAUAGCCUUAUUCUAAAAUUGAUUAAAUUGUUUUUUCCCCCCUCAUCAAUCUACACACACUACCCCAUAAUGACAAAGCAAAAACAGGUUUAUUGAAAUAUAUGCACAUUUUAUUUUUAAACCCCAGAAAUAUCACAUUUACAUAAUUAUUCAGACCCUUUACUCAGUACUUUGUUGAAGCACCUUUGACAGUGAUUACAGCCUUGAGUCUUCUUGGGUAUGACGCUACAAGCUUGGCACACCUGUAUUUGGGGAGUUUCUCCCAUUCUUCCCUGCAGAUCCUCUCAAGCUCUGUCAGGUUGGAUGGGGAGCGUAGCUGCACAGCUAUUUUCAGGUAUCUCCAGAGAUGUUCAAGUCUGGGCUCUGGCUGGGCUACUUAUGGACAUUCAGAGACUUGUCCCAAAGCCACUGCUGUGUUGUCUUGGCUGUGUGCUUAAGGUUGUUGUCCUGUUGGAAGGUGAACCUUCGCCCCAGUCUGAAGUCCUGAGUGCUCUGGAACAGGUCUUCAUCAAGGAUCUCUCUGUACUUUGCUCCGUUCAUCUUUCCCUCGAUCCUGACUAAUCUCCCAGUCCCUGUCGCUGAAAAACAUCCCCACAGCAUGAUGCUGCCACCACCAUGCUUCACCGUAGGGAUGGUGCCAGGUUUCCUCCAGACGUGACGCUUGGCAUUCAGGCCAAAGAGUUUAAUCUCUGUUUCAUCAGACCAGAGAAUCUUGUUUCUCAUGGUCUGAGAGUCCUUUAGCUGCCUUUUGGCAAACUCCAAGCUGGCUCACUGACCAAGGCCCUUCUCCCCCAUUGCUCAGUUUGGCCGGGCAACCAGCUCUAGGAAGAGUCUUGGUGGUUCCAAACUUCUUCCAUUUAAGAAUGAUGGAAGCCACUGUGUUCUUGGGGACCUUUAAUGCUGCCAAAUCUGUGCCUCGACACAAUCCUGUCUCGGAGCUCUACAGACAAUUCCUUCAACCUCAUUGCUUGGUUUUUGCUCUGACAUGCACUGUCAACUGUGGGACCUUUAUAUAGUCAGGUGUGUGCCUUUCCAAAUCAUGUCCAAUCAAUUUAAUUGACCACAGGUGGACUCUAAUCAAGUUGUAGAAACAUCUCAAGGAUGAUCAAUGGAAACAGGAUGCACCUGAGCUCAAUUUCGAGUCUUAUAUCAAAGGGUCUGAAUACUUAUCUAAAUAAGGUAUUUGUGUUCUUUAAUUUUGUACAUUUGGAGAAAAAAAAUUUAAACCUGUUUUCGCUUUGUCAUUAUUGGGUAUUGUGUGUAGAUUGAGGAAAACUGAAAUGAAUCCAUUUUUGAAUAAGACUGUAAGAUCUAACAGACUGAAUCCAAACAUUACAAUGUUGAUUUUAUGUGCAUUUUACAUUUACUGUAUUUUUCUCCGCAUUUGUUAACAAAAAAUACCCUGGAUACAUUUAGUAACAUAAUAAGAAUAUUCAUGGCAAAUAUGGGGUAGGUGGAACAUAAGACACAAAUUACAAGGAUUUAUUUCAAGUCUCUAAACUCAACAAUGCAGUUAACAAUAUAAUACAACAAAAUAAGGUAGAACAAAAACAGAUGAGAAAUAAGAAGAAAAUAACAUAAGUGAGCAUACUAAUAUAUAUGGUCAGUCAGUUCCGGUACUAUAUUUACAAUGUGCAGGGAUACUUGAGUGAUGGAGGUAUACACUGAGUGUACAAAUCAUUAAGAACACCUUUCUAAUAUUGAGUUGCACCCCACCCUUUUGCCCUCAGAACAGCCUAAAUUCGUCAGGGCAUGGACUCUACAAGGUGUCAAGCGUUCCACAGGGAUGCUAGCCCAUGUUGAUGCCAAUGCUUCCCACCGUUGGUGUCAACGGUGUUGGACCAUUCUUGAUACACGUGGGGAAACUGUUGAGCGUGAAAAACCAGCAGCGUUGCAGUUGACACAAACUGGUGCGCCUGGCACCUACUACCAUACCCUGUUCAAAGGCACUUCAAUGUUUUGUCUUUCCCAUUCACCCCCUGAAUGGCACACAUACACAAUCCGUCUCAAUUGUCUACAGGCUUAAAAUCCUGUCUCCUCCCAUUCAUCUACACAGAUUUAAUGGAUUUAACAGGUGACAUCAAUAAGGGAUCAUAGUAGAGGUCUGCACUUUUUUCACCCAGCCUGGCAGUCUUGCAGCUCGAGGUGGGAUAGGGUAUAUAGGAUUCAUAGUUCUUUGACUUUGUGUGAUUUAAUUUAUCAGCUAUGAAACAAAACAGCAGAAUUACUUUGAAAACAGCUACUGCAGCAUUUGUUUUACUAUAAAUGUGACUACUAAACUAUUUCUAUUCACAAAUGCGAGUGAAAUGCUCACACUGUGGAGCCCUUACCAUAUAUAUAUUUUUAAUGGUGCACAAGACACGGGUCUGAUUCGCCCAUGACUAAGUGGACUAAUCCAUUGCGGAGGCCACGGGGAUGGCGCACAGUCCAUCACUCUAAGACGUGAUACUGAAAUUGUUUAUGGUAAUAUUAUGUAAAAAUCAUGGUGUAACACUAAUGUAUCUAAUAUUAUUUUAUAACAAAUACGCUUUCUCCCACGAUGGAUAUGGUCGCUGUCUGCGGUUCUGAAACAUAAUCUUCAGUGCGCCAUAGAGUUGGCGCCUUUCCUCAUGUUGCUAUGUGCAUAAUAGCAAAAUUAACCAGCAUAUUGGGAUUGAGAACAAUAGUCCGGAGGCAGCAGCAGCAGAGACGAGGAAACAGCCGUUGCCUUAAAAGCCCUAUUCGGACGGGAUUAGUUUUAUUGGGGGUGGUCGGGUGAUUUUUAAUUAUUUGCACAAGCAGAGAACACCACAUCUGUCAUUCUAGUCCCGUCCGAAUCUGUAAUGUCAGUCAUUUGUGCAGGGCAGGAUAGUUAACAAUUCCAGCCAGAAUAACCUACUGUUGUUUUGGCAAACUCAAAGGUCCUCUGAUAAUACUAGUCCCGUGCGAAUCAACAUCCUUGUGUUUUGAGAUAAAUGUCUGAGUAUGACAGGUGUUGCUCACGGUUUUCAGCAAGAAAGCAAUAACUGAUUCGAUAAAUUGAACGAAGUGCUGCACAUAGUCUAUACUGUACCCCUUGCUGUUAAUAGAUCACAAAGCAGCAUACAACUUACAUAAACGUUUGGAAAUGAUAAGUUCACUUUCGCAUCCAUAACCUUAAAAUGCAUCUCAAGUGCAAUGUUUAGCUCACAUCUGAAGGCUGGGGGUAACUUAGGACGUCUACUGCGGAUCGCUAAAAUAUCGUCAUGAUUAUGAUCACAAUUCAAAUAUAAUGACGACACUAUACCUAAUAUGAUUUGGUAUGGUUUAGAAACUUGGGAACCUUGCUCGAGUUAUCAGUGUAGCCCUGUUAACGUCUGGACUUAUAAUGGAAAUAUCUAUAAGGCAAAAAGUCGUAACUGUCAAUUCUUUGGGAAGAAAAUAAUUACACGGGGCAGUUUGCGCUAAAAUAUCGUAAUGAUUAUGAUCACAAUUCAAAUAUAAUGGCGACACUAUACCUAAUAUGAUUUGGUAUGGUUUAGAAACUUGGGAACCUUGCUCGAGUUAUCAGUGUAGCCCUGUUAACGUCUGGACUUAUAAUGGAAAUAUCUAUACGGCAAAAAGUCGUAACUGUCAAUUUUUUGGGAAGAAAAUAAUUACACAGACAUUCUGGGGUAAUAAUUACAUAACCAAUGUUUUGUAGUAAUAGUAGUCCCAUGUGAAUAGGGCUUAGCCUAGUUGUCUAAGAAAGUUGAGCGGGAAAACCCCAAAAAUAAUGAGGUCUAUAAUCAAUCAAUAGCCUAACGGUUAAAUGUGCCUGGCUAUACAAAUCAUCCAUAUAUAUCUACAGAAAUAAGACACAUCUUGCUUCUGUUGCCUGUUUGAGUGUUUUGCAACUGCAAAAUGUCAGAUAAAGCACUUUUCACAGGUUUGGCUGUUUUUAAUCUUUGCUAUGGAGUAAUAACAGCUUUACAAAAACUGUUUCGUUAGAACAGACUGGUAUUACUUAUACUUGCAAACAUGCAGAAAAAUAUGAUUGUAAUCUAACACCACCUGUUUGUCACACAUAAUAUGCAUGCAGCUCUCGCUCCUAUACCCUCCUUUCUCUUGAUCUCCUUAUUGUUAUUAUUAGUUAUUAUUAUGAUCAUUAUAAUAAUAAGUCAUGUCGUUAUCAUUAGUAGGCUUUGUAUAGUAGCCUUGUAUAACCACCAUCAAGCUGUAGGCCUAAGAGCGCGUCCUGUUUAGUCUUAAUACCUUAACUAACUUAGGUCAAUAUCUCAAUAUAUAGGCUACUGUAUCAAUCAUUCAUUCGUUCAUGCCAUCACACAACAUAUGUGACAUUAAUGCUUUGAAAUGUAAUUAAGCAUUUUAGUUUUUUAAUUAAAUAACACAGGGAGCUUAGAAUAAUUAGCCUAAACGAUAAAUAAACUGCAAUUCACGAAUGCAUUAAUCUGUUUUUAGUCUGCUGUAAUAAAUUGUUUCUUUUUUUUCUUUAGAACAGACUCUCUGGUACACUUACUUAGUGUUUACACUGUUCCAAAUGGUCAGAAAAGGUUAUAAUAUUGUAAUCUAACAGCAACUGUUUGGCACACACGAUACUCACGCAACACUUGCUCCUAAACCCUCCUUUUUCUUGAACUCCAGUAGCUUCCAAAACUAAGUCAAAUGUCUUCCACAGAUCUGACUUCCCCUUUCCCUCCUGAGCAACCAGUAAACAUUCACCCGUUUUAGAGUUUCUUUUUUAUGUCCUCCACAUCCAUUUUUCUGUUGACAUUACUGUGUUCAAAGUUUGUUAUAACCAUUUUAUUGAUUAUGAUAGGGCAGGCCCUAUUGGUCAGUAGGGAGGAGAGCGAGACAACGUGUGCCAGUCACUCGCUGUCAUUGUUUUUAACAGUGUGGCCAUCAGGCUCUCUCUUUAGUCAUUUGUGUCUUUAUUUAUUUCAUCAUGUUCCGUAUUCCCAUCAAUCACCUUGUCUAUGUUCUGAUUGGCACCCUAUUCCCUAUAUUAGGGCUGGCCCCAACUAACACAAAUCUUGGUUGACCGAAAGUUGUCUGUUCUUUCAACUAAUCGAGGGCGCCAGAGAUCUAUAAAAAAACCUUAACCUGACCCAAUUAUUCUCCUCCAGCUCCUGCUGGCUUUCGCAGAUUCUGCCAUUACUCUCCUGAAGUUCCCAGUAAUAGGCUUCACUAGGAGUCGGCAACCUUUCUCAUGUGGAAUGCCAAUUUAUCUUACCCUUUCUACCGAUCUGCGUGCCAGUUAUGGUUUUCAUAUGCACAUUUUCAUGAAACAGUUUCAUUUAAUUUAUAAUGUCUUCAUAUCUCAAAAUCAUUGUAAUGUGUCUAAUCAAAAUUCUAUCCAAAUCUAAAUGAAAAUGAUACGAACCUAAAAAGUGACUUAUAUUGCCAUUGCCAACUAUGUAAAAAAUAGCCUACAUAAAGCCAACAAAUAAUAUUGCAGCCUAAAGGUAGAAAAUAUCCUGAUUUUAAAAACAAAUCUCCUAUAAAUCACAUUGGCUACACGGUCGACCAACAGCUUAACGACCAACCAGUCGAAUAAUUGGGGUCAGCCCUACCCUAUAUAGUGCACUACUGUUGACCAGAGCUGCCAUUAAUGACCCAUCACCAUGUGUAGUUAACGUGUGUCUGGGCUUGUAGCCCAUCACUAUGUGUAUGUACUGUAAACUGUUCUCUUUGAUCUCUCCCACCCGCAGUGGCUUCAGGAGCCAGCAGAGAGAGGCGACGUUGGCCCGCAUGGUGGAUGGACAGGAGCUGAGGUUCUUCACCCCCGUCAGGCGCUCGGUGAGGAUCGAGAGGUCUGUGCUCCUCUACCCCGCCUCCCUGCAGGAGCACGACCACUGUGUGGCCUCCUUCAAUGACCUGAUGGCCCAGGAGGAUGAGAGAGAGGGGGAAGGAGGGAGGGAGGGAGACGGAGAGGGGGGAGGCAGCGCCGGGCCCAUCCCCAACGACCAUCUGUACGUUUACAGAGAGAACGAGGCUCUGAGAGACAAGGUCAACAUCCAGCUGGUCUACGCUGAGGAAGAAGACUAAAGGACUGUGUCCUCCUAGUAGUUUAAAGUGGUUUCCUCCUGCUUUACCCUGAUCUAAUAGUACAGGAUGAUCUCAUUCACCAUCUGGGAAUGUAGCUUUCACCUGUACAGUUGUAUGUCCUUCAGUACAGAGUCACAUUCCUUAGUAGAAAGCCGUAGUAAAACAAAAGGUUCUGAAACACACCUGGGGAGAUGGGUUUGUCAAUCUAGACUUUUCUGUACAGAAUCCUGCAGGAAGAACCUGUCUAUCCAAUACUCAUUUGUAACUGUCAAACCAAAAGCAUCCAUUUACUUUUUAGAUUGAAUAGUGUUUUUUAAUGCAAACUGUGGUUAAGGUUUUUAUUUUUUAGAUUGUACAAACUAGCUUGGUUUUGUUGAAAAACAAAAAGAAUGUGUUGGUAUUUUAGAUGCAUGAAUGAUGUAC